AUUUAAUCCUUAUGCAAUGUGUGUUGCACUUCAAGCUUAUGCUAAAGCAUGUGCUGACAAUGGUGCCAUUAUUAACUGGCGUGAAAACUCUACAUUAGAUGAAGUUUGCUCUUUAGAAUGCCCUGUUGGAAGUGGGCAAAUAUACACAGAAUGUGGUUCCUUAUGUGAGACAACUUGCCACGAAUUAUCUCAGCCACUAAGAGAUUGUCAGUCAGAAUGUGUCUUUGGUUGUCGUUGUCCGACUGGAACAUUACUUAAUAACCAGAAGAAAUGUGUUAAAAUAGAAUACUGCACCUGCUUUGAUAAAUACACACAGCUGCAUUAUGAUGCUGGGACAGCUUUGCGGAGAAAGGGAGAUGAUUGUGUAUGUACUCGUGGAAAAUGGAUUUGUCGAGAAGCAAAAGAAGAAAUCAUUUGUCCUAAAAACCAAAUUUGGUCACUGAAUGCUACAGUUGUCAAGAAACAUGUGCGACUUUAUCAAAGCCUGAGAAGUGUGUUUUCUUCAGGCAGUUGUAUUGACAGAGAUGCUUGUCCUUGUCCAUAUGGAGAAACAUGGAUGAUGCCAAAGAGUACAUUGAAAAUUGGAUGCAAAGAAUUGCAAUGUUUGAAUGCUAUAUGGGUUGAUAUCAGACUCCAAAACAGUUGCCCUGCCACAUGUUGGGCAUCAGGUGAUCCUCAUUAUUUUACCUUUGAUGGCAUUCACUAUACAUUUGAAGGAGAUUGUGAAUAUGUUUUGACAGAGGCUGUCGAUAAAACAUUUGCAAUUACUAUUAAAAAUGUCAAAUGUGGCUUUCCUGCAGUCACUUGUACCAAAGACAUUGUUGUCCAUUUGCUCAAUAAUAAGGUCCAUUUUGUAAUGGACAAGAUUCCCACUAUUGAUGGUGUAAAAAUCUCUGACAGAGGAAUAACAACACCAGGAUUUUCGAUAAAGAAAUCAGACUUCUACUACUCAUUAUUUACCGAUAUAGGAUUAACUGUCCAAUGGGAUCAAGGUACAAGGGUGUAUGUGCAUUUAGCAGAAAACUGGAUGGGAAAAGUUCAAGGGCUGUGUGGUAAUUUUGAUCGAGAUUCUACCAAUGAUUUUAUGUCAAGAUGUGAAUCUAUUGAACGUGUUCCUUCAGCAUUUGCCCACAGCUGGAGAGUGUUUGAUUGUCCAAUGGUUCCCCAGAACAAGCCUGAAAAUAAUGUUCACCCUUGUGUUUUUAACUCUAUAAGGAAACAGUGGGCUAUGGAAAGUUGUGGUACAAUAAAAAAAGGCUCUUUGUUUGCAAGCUGCCGUAAUAUCCUGCCUGAUAAUGUUGUCAAAGAAUAUUAUGAAGAUUGUCUCUAUGAUGCUUGCGGCUGUAAUCUUGGAGGUGAUUGUGAAUGUCUGUGUACUGCAGUAGCCAAUUUUGCUACCAAGUGUGCUACUAAUGGAAUUCCUGUAAAUUGGCGUUCUUCUGAACUCUGUGGUGUCAUGUGUACUGGUGGUCGAGAGUACAAAGCUUGUGGACCUGCAAACCCACAAACAUGCAGAGAUAUAAGUACUACUCAUAUAAAUGAUAAUGGAACAUUUUGCAUUGAAGGAUGCUAUUGUCCAGAGGGUCAAGUUGAAGAUGGUGAUAAAUGCAUACCUAAAACAGAAUGCCCAUGUCUAGAUGAGGAAAAUAUAUAUCCAUCUGGAACAUUCAUUAUUAAGAAUAAUUGCAAAAAUUGCACUUGUAAAGCUGGAAACCUGAUUUGUGUAACUUGUAACUGUACACUUGACCAGUACCAAUGUAGUGAUGGAGAAUGUAUUAACAAAACUAAAGUUUGUGAUGGAGUUUAUGACUGCAAUUUAGCAGAUGAUGAAGAUGACUGUGUAUCAACCACUGUGAAGUACACCACCUAUGUAUCAACUACAGAAUCUACUAUUGUUACACAAACAACAGUAUUUGAACCUCUACUGUUUCAAGUAUUGAUGUGUUGGGCAGCAUGUAUGAAAAUAUUUGCUUAUGAAAAAUAUAUUAAUUCAUCCAUCAGUGUCAAUGAUGACCAAAGAUGUCACAUGGGAGAAAAAGACGGCAUUGUUUGUCCAGCUGUGGCCAAUCAGUUUGAUGUGUACUUGCAAGGCUCUACUGAGGUUGUAUCCCUGUUGGUGCAGCUUUGCCAGGCAAGGCAGUCUUGUGCUUGUAUUUCCCAGGCAUCAGGGUUGAUAUCAAAGCUCUUCAGUGAGGCUUUGAAUGGGUCCUUGAAGCACCUUUUCUGUCCACCUUCUUCCCUUUCAACACUUAGUGUUUCAACACCAUUCUACACUAACAUAUCAACAACAGUUCCAACCAGUAUGUCUACAACAGUUUCACCUAGUGUCUCUACAUCAUUUAGCACUAUGACUACCACAACUAUUGAAUGUGAAAAUAUUGAUGGAAUGGACAAUGAGAAUGUAAUACCUGAUAAUUCAAUCAUACUUAAUCCUCCUGGUAAUUCAAGUGAUAUUCGACCAAGUGGAAAAGGUUGGAAAACAAGUACUAUGGGGCUUAGGAUUAUUUAUAUAGAUAUUGGCGAUGACCUUAACAACGGAGGAGAAGUUUAUCUUGUGAAAUCAAAGAAUGUAGAAAUUUAUCAAGUAGAAUUGCUUGGGAAAGUAAAGGGACUUGUAACACCAGAGAGAAUUCAUUCUGAAAUACUGACACCUACAGAGGUUUUCAGCAUUAAACCUGGAACUGGAAAAACAAAGAUUCAACUGACCAUUGUUGCCACUACUACUGACAUCCCUGUGAUAGUGACUGUUUCUGUGAAGAUAUGUGUGAAACCAACAACAUCCACUACCACUGCCCCAACUACAACUACUGUACCAUCCACCACCACUGCCCCAACUACAACUACUGUACCAUCCACCACCACAGCCCCAACUACAACUACUGUACCAUCCACCACCACUGCCCCAACUACAACUACUGUACCAUCCUCCACCACAGCCCCAACUAUAACUACUGUACCAUCCACCACCACUGCCCCAACUAAAACUACUGUACCAUCCACUACCUCUGCCCCAACUAAAACUACUGUACCAUCCUCCACCAUAGCCCCAACUACAACUACUGUACCAUCCACCACCACUGCCCCAACUACAACUACUGUACCAUCCACCACCACUGCCCCAACUGCAACUACUGUACCAUCCACUACCUCUGCCCCAACUAAAACUACUGUACCAUCCUCCACCACAGCCCCAACUACAACUACUGUACCAUCCACCACCACAGCCCCAACUACAACUACUGUACCAUCCACUACCACAGCCCCAACUACAACUACUGUAUCAUCCACCACCACUGCCCCAACUACAACUACUGUACCAUCCACUACCUCUGCCCCAACUAAAACUACUGUACCAUAUUCCACCACAGCCCCAACUACAACUACUGUACCAUCCACCACCACAGCCCCAACUACAACUACUGUACCAUCCACCACCACUGCCCCAACUACAACUACUGUACCAUCCUCCACCACAGCCCCAACUACAACUACUGUACCAUCCUCCACCACAGCCCCAACUACAACUACUGUACCAUCCACCACCACAGCCCCAACUACAACUACUGUACCAUCCACUACCUCUGCCCCAACUAAAACUACUGUACCAUCCUCCACCACAGCCCCAACUACAACUACUGUACCAUCCACCACCACUGCCCCAACUACAACUACUGUAUCAUCCUCCACCACAGCCCCAACUAUAACUACUGUACCAUCCACCACCACAGCCACAACUACAACUACUGUACCAUCCACCACCACUGCCCCAACUACAUCAAGUACUGUACCAUCCACCACCACUGCCCCGACUACAACUACCGUACCAUCCACUACCACUGCCCCAACUACAACUAGUGUACCAUCCACCACCACUGCCCCAAUUACAACUACUGUACCAUCCUCCACCACAGCCCCAACUACAACUACUGUACUAUCCUCCACCACAGCCCCAACUACAACUACUGUACCAUCCACCACCACAGCCCCAACUACAACUACUGUACCAUCCACUACCUCUGCCCCAACUAAAACUACUGUACCAUCCUCCACCACAGCCCCAACUACAACUACUGUACCAUCCACCACCACUGCCCCAACUACAACUACUGUACCAUCCUCCACCACAGUCCCAACUAUAACUACUGUACCAUCCACCACCACUACCCCAACUACAACUACUGUACCAUCCACCACCACUGCCCCAACUACAUCAAGUACUGUACCAUCCACCACCACUGCCCCGACUACAACUACCGUACCAUCCACUACCACUGCCCCAACUACAACUAGUGUACCAUCCACCACCACUGCCCCAAUUACAUCUACUGUACCAUCCACCACCACAGCCCCAACUACAACUACUGUACCAUCCACUACCACUGCCCCAACUACAACUACUGUACCAUCCACUACCACUGCCGCAACUACAACUACUGUACCAUCCACCACCACAGCCCCAACUACAACUACUGUACCAUCCACUACCACUGCCCCAACUACAACUAUUGUACCAUCCACCACCACUGCCCCAACUACAUCAAGUACUGUACCAUCCACCACCAUUGCCUCAACUACAACUACAGUAAAAUCUACUACCACUGCCCCAACUACGACUACUGUACCAUCCACCACCACUGCCCCAACUACAUCAAGUACUGUACCAUCCACCACCAUUGCCUCAACUGCAACUACAGUAAAAUCUACUACCAGUGCCCCAACUAUGACUACUGUACCAUCCACCACCACUGCUCCAACUACAACUACUGUAAAAUAUACUACCAGUGCCCCAACUACAACUACUGUAAAAUCUACCACCAUUGCCCCAACUACAACUACUGUACCAUCCACCACCACUGCCCCAACUACAACUACUGUACCAUCCAUCACCACUGCUCCAACUACAACUACUGUAAAAUCUACUACCACUGCCCCAACUACUACUACUCUACCAUCCACCACCAUUGCCCCAACUACAUCAAGUAUUUUACCAUCGACCGCCACUGCCCCAACUACAACAAGUUCCGUACCUUCCACAUCCACAUCACCAACUACAAGUACCACUGGCAUAACAGGUACAUACCCUAUAAAACCGGUAUCUAAAGAAACUAUACCACCGUUUCCACCUGAAAAUGUCACUGUUGCUGCCACAACCCCUUCAGCUAUUAUCACCCCUGUUUGUGCCCUCACCCCUUGUGAAAUUGAAUUAUUAUUGGGAUUCAUUCCGGGAGAUGUUGUUGGUUGGGUUGAAAAAGAUGGUAUUUCAGGUGUCAGUAGUGAUGCAGAAGUAGUGCAUGCUAAUGAUAAAAUUGAAGAUGGUGUUACAGUUUAUAUUCAGUGUAAUAACUGUACCUGUGACAAGACGAAGUUGCGAUGCACUAGUAAGAUAUGUCAUGGAUGUACUUAUGAUUCGUGGAGUAACUGGGGAGAAUGUAGUAAAAGUUGUGAUAUUGGUAACCGUAUUCGUAUCAGAGAACGUUUUAAAGGAAAAGGAAAUGAGCUAUGUAACCUGCCUUUAGAGCAAUCAAGUGACUGCAAUUUUGACCCUUGCAAAGGAAAACCAUCUUGGUCUACUUGGAAUUCGUGGAGCGAGUGCUCUACUACUUGUGGUGUUGGUUCUCAAAAACGACAAAGAAUUUGCAAUUAUGGUUUGUUAAAUGAAGAGUGCACUGGGGAAGCAGUUCAACUCCAAGCAUGUGUGACAGCUAAGUGUGAAGGCAAUGAAACUUGUAAAGAUGGAAAAGUUUGGUCUGAUUGUGCAAAUGCUUGUCCAAUGACAUGCAUGGAUCACAAAAUUGGGGAAAAUGUAUGCCAGCAGUCUGACACUUGUAUACCUGGAUGUGCAUGUCCUUCUGGAUUCCUCGAAGAAAAUGGUCACUGUGUUGAGGUUAGCAAGUGUUUCUGUCAUGACAAAGAUGGAACAUCAAUUCUUGAAAACUUUGAAGCAAAAUCUCAAUUCUCUUGUCAGAAAUGCUUAUGUUCUAAUGGUACCAUUGAAUGCCUCAACAUAACGAAGAACUGUUGUAAAUAUGCUGAAUGGACAAGCUGGGGAGCCUGCAGUCAGACAUGUGGAGUAGGUGUGAAGCAUCGAUACAGAAAAUUGUUAACCUCAGGAAAUAGAUGCAAUAGUGAAUAUUUAAUUGAAAAUAAAACAUGUACCAUGGGAAAUUGUCCAUUUGAUUGCAUAGUAAAUGAUCUUGGAUAUAAAAGUGAUGACAUCAUCCGUGAAUCUGCCUGUGAGAUUUGUAUUUGUGAGAAUUACAAAGAAACAUGUCGUCCACAACCAAAUGCUAUUGUACAUGCUAACUGGACUGAAUGGACGCAAUGGACAGAAUGCAGUCGUUCUUGUCAACCUGGAGGAUUAAGAUCCAGGAACAGAUUUUGCUCAAAUCCCCUGCCUCGUUGUGGAGGAGAUAAAUGCUUAGGUGAUGCAGUUGAAAUGAAGCCUUGUAAUGAACAAGAAUUUUGUUGUACAUAUACACCAUGGUCAUUCUGGUCGAGUUGCAGUGCGAGUUGUGGCCCUGGUAUUCAAACAAGACAGCGACAGAGCAUGGAUAAAAAUAAUUGUGAUGUAGAUCCGAUAAAUGAGAGAAAAACUUGUGAAGUACAGCCCUGUGAAGCUGCUUGUGGACAAUGGUCUAACUGGAGUUCUUGCUCUGGUGUUUGCAAUUUAGGAACACGAUUUCGGAAGUUUAUUGUCUAUAGCACUGAAUCAACUAAUUCGCUGUGCAAAACCAAAUAUGACUUUGUUAAAUGCAACUUAGACAACAAAUGCAAUUGUAACAGUAGUUUAGAAGAAUGGUCUGUUAUUGCUGGUUGUGAAGCCAAAUGUGAAGAACUUGUUUCUCCUGCAAAUAGUUCAUUCUGUGAAAAUUGGAAUUAUGGCUGCAAAUGUAUCAACGGUUUGUACAGAGACAAAAAUGGUAAAUGUGUUCGUAGAGAUCAAUGUGAUCUUUCCUGUUCAGUAAAUGGUACUGUAAAAAAGAAUAAAGACUUAUGGAAAAAGAGUGAUGACAAUUGUACAUUAUGUCAGUGUAUUAGAGGCAAAAUAAAAUGUGAAAGAAUUUGUAAAAUCCCUGUCUGUCAAGAAAAUGAAGACCUCGUAUAUUUAGAUUCAAAUACUUGCUGUCCAGUUUGCAAACCUAAAAACUUUGCUCAGUGUCAAUUGAAAUAUGAAUUUACUUAUUUGGAGAAUAGAACCAGCCAAUGUCGCUCAACUACUCAAAUAAAAGUUCCAUACUGUUCGGGUAAAUGUGGAUUGAGUACUGUGAGGCCAGCAUUACUUACAAAGAAACCAGUCGACCAAUUGAAUCUUUUAUUUGAGAAUGAAUGCUUGUGUUGCAAAGGCAAAGCUUCUAAAAUUAAGGAAGUCAUAGCACUAUGUGGUCCGGAUCAAGAGAAGACAGUUAUGUACUAUCCACAAAUUUGUAGUUGUGAAUGUAGCAGAUGUCAAUAAGUUAACAAAACAUAUCACUGAAGCUGAACUAAAAGACAGAAGACAUCAAUUGUAAUAAAAUAACUGAUUGAAUAAAUUAAAUACUUUUGAAUCAAUUUGUGAAAUAAAUACUUUCAAAGCAA